CUGCUCUUCCUGCGCAAUAUGCGCAUUGUCUCCUGUCAUCUUAGCACAUCUCCCUGGUCAGAGCAGGGGUAGUAUUUUCCGUCAGCGCCGCAGUCUCGGAGAGGUGAUUGUAUCUAACAAUGGGGAACAGAGACGACGAAUAUGAUUUCUUGUUCAAAGUUGUACUAAUCGGAGACUCUGGAGUGGGGAAGAGUAACCUGCUGUCCCGUUUCACAAGAAAUGAGUUCAACCUGGAGAGCAAGAGCACCAUCGGUGUGGAGUUUGCCACCCGCAGCAUCCAGGUGGACGGCAAGACGAUAAAGGCUCAAAUAUGGGACACAGCUGGACAGGAACGCUACAGAGCAAUCACUUCAGCGUAUUACCGAGGUGCAGUGGGGGCCCUCCUGGUUUACGACAUCGCCAAGCACCUGACGUAUGAGAACGUUGAACGCUGGCUGAAGGAGCUGAGGGACCACGCUGACAACAACAUUGUCAUCAUGCUUGUUGGAAACAAGAGCGACCUCCGCCACCUCAGGGCAGUGCCCACUGAUGAGGCUCGAGCCUUUGCAGAAAAGAACACUCUCUCAUUUAUUGAGACAUCAGCGUUGGACUCCACAAAUGUAGAAGAAGCCUUUAAGAACAUUUUAACAGAAAUCUACCGCAUUGUGUCACAGAAGCAGAUAGCAGACAGAUCUGCACACGAUGAGUCUCCAGGCAACAAUGUAGUGGACAUAAGUGUCCCACCAACCACUGACGGGCAGAAGGGCAACAAACUCCAGUGCUGCCAGAGCCUGUGACACUCAACCCCAUGACACUCAUCCUCUCCUCCACAUCCACCUUGACAUCACAUCACCUGUGCACUUUCUAUUCCCGUAGCACUGCUCACGGCCAACUCCUCCUUCACUCUAUACUUUUUCUUUCUACCUUUCAUGCUGUUUUAUAUAAUACCUUUGAACUCACUCGUGCUCUUCUCUUCUGCCAUGAAUGAAAACAAGAAGCCUUUAUGUCACUUGGUUAGUCGAGUUGUUCAUGGAGUCAAUGUGAAGGUUCCUGCAAUGCAGGAACGAGGCAGCUGUCGCUGUCAUAAUGAAGCCUAUGAAGUUGUUUGAACUCUACUGAAACGCUGUCAUGCACAGGGAGGUUGUGACAUACAUUUCAACGGUUACCACUAGAUGGUGCUGCUUAAAUUAACUACAGGCAGUUACUCCAACCCAGUGAAGCAGUAUUAUGCCUUUUGACAGUGUGGUUCUUACAUUCUUCUUACAUCAGUUAAGUUAUGCCAAAAAUAUCCUCAUUAGGUAUUUAUUGAAGAAUAUUUGGCUUAAGUUGUCAUUGUUUUACUUUCAGUUUAAGAACUGUAAAAAUUUACAAUAAAAUUCUUGUCAAAAGUU